CACACCAGGCAGUUCAGUACCUCGCAGGCCAGGCUAUCAGGAGAGGUACGCGUGAGGUUCGCCCCCAGCCCUACGGGGAUGAUGCAUCUGGGGGGACUCAGGACCGCACUGUACAACUACUUGUUUGCCAGAUCCCAGGGGGGAAAGUUUAUACUCAGGAUUGAGGACACUGACCAGACGCGGCUAGUUCCUGGGGCAUACGAGAACAUCAUUGAAGUUUUGGACUGGGCAGGAUUAACUCCUGAUGAAGGCCCACAUGUUGGAGGAGAAUAUGGGCCCUACAUCCAGACGCAACGUCUUCCAAUCUAUCAAGAAAAGAUACAGGAAUUAUUAAAGACAGGUGCAGCUUAUAAGUGUUUCUGCUCAGAAAAGCGGAUUCAUCUGUUGAAAAAAGAGGCGGCUAAGAUGAGGGAGGUGUUUAAAUAUGACAACAAGUGUCGCUCACUCACCCCAGAAGAGGUUGAGAAAAACAUGGCCAAUGGUCUGCCCUACACGGUCAGGUUGAAGUUGGAGGAUGUCAAAAAGCCCUGGAAUGACAUGGUGUUUGGACCCCUCUCUUCUGACAUAGCUAACCAUGAAGGGGAUCCAGUGCUCAUGAAGAGCAGUAAUCAACCGACUUAUCACUUUGCAAAUGUUGUUGAUGAUCACCUGAUGAAAAUAACACACGUUCUACGAGGAGUGGAGUGGCAAGGAUCCACCCCCAAGCACCUGCUGUUGUACAGAGCAUUUGGUUGGGAGCCGCCAAGAUAUGCGCAUCUUCCCUUAAUUGUCAACAGUAGUGGUAAGAAGUUUUCCAAGAGACAAGAUGAUGUGAGGGUGGAGCAUUACAUGAAAAACAAUUACAUCCCAGCUGCUGUCCUGAAUCUGAUCACAAUGGUGGGUGGAGGAUUCACAGAGAAUCAACCUAGUGGAAGGACUUUGGAAGAGCUGGUGCCUUUAUUUACAAUCUCAUCUAUCGUCCAGAGUCCAGGGAAGUUGAAACUUGAGAGAGUUGAUCACAUGAACAAACUUCACAUGAUCAGAAAACUACAGGAUCCAGCUGAGAGAAUGGAACUCAUUAACUCACUAAGAAAUGUAGUAAAAACGAAAUAUUCUGGUAAAGGAGAAAUGAUUGAAAUUGAUGAAGAUGUCUUAACUGAUGAAUUUAUUGGAAAAAUAUUUGAUAAUUUCCUGCAGGAAAGAAUUUGUAGAGUCGAAGACUUUGUCAAAGACGACUGGGAGUUUCUGUGGACAAGACCAACCAAAGUGUCAGUGAAAGAGAUUCAGUCCAUUCUUCAGAACGAACCAAAUAUGUUUUGGGAUUUGUGCAAGGAGGUGGAGAGUAUGCCAGAAAGCGAGUUCACACAGGAGAAGUUUUUGGCAAGACUUAAAGAGUUUGCUAAAAGAAAUAAUUACAAGAUAGCUCACUGCAUGAAGCUGCUGAGACAAAGCAUAAGUGGAAAGACUGGUCCACCUGUCGCUGAAAUGAUUGAUGUUUUAGGAAAGAAAAUAACUCUACAGAGACUGCAGUACUUUUCACAACAGUUAGAGACAUGAGGAAAAAAAACUGUGGUCUCAUCUUGGCUUGCAGACAGUGCCAUCUAUACACUAAAUACGACUGGACUAAGGCAGGGAGACCAUACCUUGGAUUAUUUUAAUGAGAAGGCUGGCGGGUAGGGGAGGGGGGGGUUGUGGCGUCUCAAUAGCUGUCACUUUCUUCGAAACUUAUGAUAUUACAGAAGCUGCAGAUGGUUAAAAAUUCUACAAAAACAUUUCAUACUGUGAGAGUAAUUGCUUAUAUGAAGUUUUUAAUAAAUGAAUACCCUUUA